UUACUCUCUGAGGACGAUAUCUUCGCGAUAUCAGAGAAGCUGCCAGAUAUAUCCGAAAAGUGGGAAAAUCUUGGACGAGAGCUGGGAAUUGACGAGAUUACGCUUGACAGAAUCCUGCAAAUUAGCAAAAGCCGACCAACCUGGACUACUUACCUUCUACUGAGUGAGUGGAGGACCUCUUCGUCCCCGGACCGAUCGCCCAUAUUUAGAGUACUUCACGACGCCCUGCAGAGACAAGGCAUACAACUUGCAGCAGACCUCGUGGACCACUACUUCAAGAAAGAAAGCUGUAAAUUACUCUCUGAGGACGAUAUCUUCGCGAUAUCAGAGAAGCUGCCAGAUAUAUCCGAAAAGUGGGAAAAUCUUGGACGAGAGCUGGGACUUGACGAGAUUACGCUUGACAGAAUCAUGCAAAUUAGCAAAAGCCGACCAACCUGGACUACUUACCUUCUACUGAGUGAGUGGAGGACCUCUUCGUCCCCGGACCGAUCGCCCACAUUUAGAGUACUUCACGACGCCCUGCAGAGACAAGGCAUACAACUUGCAGCAGACCUCGUGGACCACUACUUCAAGAAAGAAAGCUUUCCUGGGAUGAGC